AUGGGAAGGUUUAACAAUGAAACAUUAGAGGUCCAGGAUCUGCGCACUGAUAUGAUGGUGAGUAUUUUGAUCCAUGGACUAAAGAAAGGCUCAUUCACGUCCGCGCUCGCACGCAACCCCCCAAAUGAUGUAGAGCAAUUGAUGGCCCUGGCCCAAAAAUAUAUUGACGAAGAGGAGAUGAAUGCAAUGAAAGAUGCUGAACGAAGAGAUAGGGAGCAAGUGCGUAAGAAACCGCAUGAAACCGGUGAAGGAAGUGGGUCCAGAACGAGAAAUGACAGACCAAGGGAGCUGAAAUACCAGCCUAAAUAUCACAAUUACACUCCGUUGGCCAUGAUGCAUGAAAAGGCCUUCAUGAUGGUAGAAAAUGCAGCUGUACUGAAAUGGCCAAGGCACACCAGGUAUACCCCUUCUAAGAAAUUUUCUAACAAAUACUGCAGAUUCUAUCGGGGUUCGAGUGCAGGAGAUUCGAAGAGGACCAGGAAGAGAUGCGCGAGAACCCUGGGAUCGAGCAGAGAAAGGGAGUUCAUGCUGAAGGUUGAAGAGGAAAAAGCUAUCUCCUUUGACAGUUCUGAUAGGCCAGUGGAUAGUGGGGCAAUGAACGACCCGAUGGUCAUUAAGCUGGAUAUUUCAAAUUUCACUGUUCAUAAAGUACUGGUUGAUAGUGGGAGCUCAGCGGACAUUAUAUUAAAAAAUGUGGUUGACAAAAUGGGAUUAGAAAAUGCCCGUCUCGAGCCGGUGAAGACUCCUCUUGUCGGAUUCGGAGGAAGUGAGGUAGCAUCGUUGGGCAUGAUCGAGUUACCUGUAUCCAUGGGCGAAGAGCCUAAGUGA